AUGGCUAUCUGCAUCACAUUUGGAACACAUGAAUUUACCUCUAUGCUCGAGGGAUAUGAAAAUGUCAGAGCAUACUGCUACAACUGUGUUCCCAACACUAUGCUCAACCUAAACCUUCAUUCAAUCAACAUUGCUGACAAGAAUACCCAGGCCCUGGUUCACCGUCUGCUUCAUUCCCUGUAUCCCACUAGCGAUGCACAAGUACAAGUCCACAGGAAGUCACCUGCUGCACGUGUCGCUAUACACAAGACCUUCGGUACGUUUAAACCAAGCCCCACCCUCAUGGCCAAGGGCACCAUUCCCAGCUCUCUUUCUAACCACUUCAACAGCGAUCGCCCCGAUAUCACGCCCGAUACAAGACCCCCGCAGGGUGUACCCCCGGGUCCCGCCCCGCCGCCGCAGGCAUAUAACGCUGCAGGUGGCGCUUGGGGCGGAUAUCCACCACAGGGAUAUCCACAGCAGGGAUACCCGCCUCAGGGAUACCCGCCUCAGGGGCAGCCGCAGUCGCCGCCUCCGCAGCAAAACUACGCGUAUAAAUGA